AUGGCGGAAAUCGAACCCCCGACCUUCUCUCUUGGCUUCGACCUCGACCUCAAUUUUGACGCUGAAACUGAAUCGGUAGUUCCUCAACCGUCGCCUUCCCUCCCGCCGAGCUGCCGAGCACUGCCGGAAGAACACGAUGAGGACAAGGAUUUCGCAGCUUCUCUCGUCAUUGAUUCCCAGGAGGAGCGACAAAACGAAGAAGAUGAGCUGGAGGCGACUCCGGUUUCUGGUCCGGCAGAAGCUCCGCGGAUUCUCAAGCGCCCGAGGCGAGGACCUGCGACUGUGGAGCAGAGAGCAAAGCUGGGACCAGAACUGGGUUCCGCUCCCAGUGAGAACGAUAUUGAAGAUUUCUCUUCUGAUGGCGACGAUUUUUUCGCAGAUAUGCUUCCGUCACGCCAGCACAACUCUGUAUGUAGUAGUAGUUCAAAAGUUACACUUCGUGGGUCAGGAGUAUUAACCGGUCAAUCAUCAGGGCAGUCGUCAGUGGCAAAGCAAAAGGGGAUGCCUCUCAAGACACCGGCUUCAUCAAGCUUGGAGACCAGUCACAGUGGGUUGGUGUUCCCAAAGUUGACUACCAGUCCUCUAAGAAGGUUUCAGUUGAUCUCCUCCGAUGAGGAGCCUACUCCUAGUGGCAAUAACGUGAACAGAAAGCCUGAAAAUGUCGGGUCUCGAUCUGGGAAAGAGAUGGAGGACCUGUGGAAGGACUUCAGUCCAUUGCAGAAUGUUCGGAUUGGAACACCUGCUUUAGAUGAGUUCUGCAACGAGUACUUCCAGUCUGUUACAAACAAGAAUGCAGCUGCUAAUAGACGUGAAACUCAAGAGCAUAACUUGGUUUGCAAUCGCUUGACCCACUUUUUCCCCCUUGGUGUGGUUAGAGCGCGAAGGAAUCUGCCGCCAAGUGAAUCAGUUAUUGAUUACAUGAGUCAAUUUGGGGGAACCCCUCAAAACAAGGGAACUGGUGGAAGCAACUUGGAGAAGGGAUCAACGUCCAAAUUAAGAAAGAGAGCAAGGAAAUCAGAUGCUAAUGCAGCAGCUUCUCAGGGUUGGGUGGACCCUAGAACAAGUGCUAGUCUUCGUAAGGACGCCGGUCAAAGACGAGUUCAGGCAAGUGGUCAAGCUACUGCUGCUGGUCAUUGGUUUACAUCUUCAGAAGGACUAAAGGUUUACGUCUCCAGAAACGGUCAGGAGCUUACUGGGCAAACUGCCUACAGGCACUUUCAAAAGGGAUAGUGGAGGAUACAGAAAUACGAAAAGGAAAGCCACCGGCAAGAGAAAGAAAGCCUGAAACUUAGGGGAUCUUACCAGCUGCCGCAGUCUAACAUCGCACGAAGUUUGGAGAGCUGUGUGAUAUCCAAUUCGUUUCUCUUUCCUUUUCCCAUAUUCUGCUUUUCUCCUCUGCCUCCAGAAAGUUGCAAGCUUUUCAAUCAUGUUAUUCGUUUAUAGUGUUGUCCAAAAAUGGCCAAGAAAACAAAUAAAUGGGGAGCACCCAAAAUCACUAGAGAGUUCAAAGAAUUAAUCGGCACAAUUUCUGCAGAU